AUGUUGGAAGGACCAAUGAAGAUACAUUCGUUGCACGAUCAACUUAAAGCCGUUAUAGCCUCAGGACUGGGGGCAGGUAUUGUGAACAUUCUAAUGCAGUCGAUCGGAACCAUUCAGGCAUCGGCAGGCGCAGCUAAUGUCCCGUCCCCAGGAUGCCAUGGGACGUCGUAUGUAUUAGCCGCUGCCUUCGCGGAUUGCAUGUUUGUGCUGCUGAACAUACUUUGGAUGAUCCUGGGAUACAUCGGCUUCAAAAAGGGCUCUGUAAAGUACUUCUUGUACGCAGGUGGUUCGCAUCUCCUCUCCGUGCUGACGGCUGGUGCUAUCAUUACCGAUAUACUGGUGCAGUUAGCUUCAUAG